AUGGAUCGUGCACAACUAAUAUCUCAUAUACAAGAAUGUGGGAUAAAUGCAAGUGUUAGGCAAGAAGCUGUUGAUUUAUUAUUAAGUGGCCCGAAAAAAGACGAAAGAAUGAUUGUAAGAAAUAAACAGUUAUGAAUGGAAAUUUCAGGAGCUGGACUUCAACUUAGAGAAAACCCUAUCUAUUAUGCUAGAUUGGUAAGCACGAAAAAAGAUAUCGUGACUAUUUAUACAAAACAAAUAGAUAAGGAUCUCAAAAGGACUUUUCCAGAAGAGUCACUUUUUGCAAGAGAAGAAACUAUUGCUUCGCUGAAAAAUAUUUUAGUUGCUUACUCUUGAAGAAAUCCUACUGUUGGGUACUGCCAAGGGCUGAAUUAUAUUGUAGGAAGGCUGCUUUCUAUCGGAUUUUCUGAAGACGAAUGUUUUUGGCUUCUUGCACAGAUUGUGGAAACCUAUUUACCUGUAGAUUAUUUUUCAAUUAUGAGUGGAGUAUUGGUAGACCAAAGAGUUUACGACUAUCUUCUUCGGAAAAAGAUGCCAAGACUUUUUCAACACCUACUAAACUUAGAAAUUGAUGCCACAAUCUAUACAGUGAAAUGGUUCAUUUGCAUGUUUGGAUUCAGCUUCCCAAAAAAAGUUGUAUUAAGGAUUUGAGAUCAUUUUUUUGUCAAAGGAGAUACUUUUAUAUUUAAAGUCGCCCUUGGCCUUAUGUGGGGCUCCAGAAACCAAAUUUUAAAUCUCCAUGAGUUUACUGAAGUCUUAGGCUUCAUUGAAAGCAAAACUAAGCAUUGUACAGAUCGAAAAGUGAUGCUAAGAUAUGCAAGUAAAAAGAAACUACGUGUCUCAGAUAGCGCAAUUAAAUAUUUAAGAGAACACUUUAAAACUGAAAUCGAUUUAGAACUAGAACAGCAGUAUUCUCAAGUUUUGACAUCAGAGCAAGUUUAUGGGACAAUUAAUAAGUUCUGUGUUAAUACUCAAGAAUGCCAACAGAAAUUGAGGCGAACUUCAUCAUUUUUUACGUUCCAGACAUCAAAAAGCAUUCAUAUUAUUGACGACUAUGUGGAUGAUGCUUGUAUACCUAAAGUGUUUAAUACUUCGCAGCUUAAAAAUGCUCAAGAAAAGCUAAUGCUAGGCAAGAGGAACCACUUGUGCUCAGUUGAAUCAAACAACUUUUCGUCGUCGAAUUUUGAAGAAAAAGAAAACCUUGAUGAGUUUCUCAACAAAGCCAGAGAUCGUGAUCGGCUGAGUAGACGGCUGGUCCGACACAGCUGGGACCCCCCACAUACAGUCACUGGGAUAUUAGCAAAAAGAUAGCGAAUUGUGAGAAUUAUAAAAAAAAUAUAUGCAUCAAAAAAAAGUUAAAGCAUUUAAUAAAUUAUAAAAAAUAUAAUAAUUUAUGAAUUCCGCAUAUAGUCUCCAUAUAAUAUUCCUUUAAUUAAUACGUUAGAUGAAAUAUUAUUAUGUGAGCAGGCUUAUCUUUUUUAAUUUAUUCAUGAUACACAUUCUACCCUUUGUUUAUAAAAUCAAUUUAAUGCUAUAUAGCUUUGCACAUGCACUUCAUAAGGAGUGCACUCUAUGGAAAGCGCUUUUCUACUGCUUUUAUACUUUUUUGAAUUCUUUGGCGAUUCUGGAUGGAUUCUCUUGUGCCCUACUUCCGGAUUCAUACUUAUUCUGUUUUUGUGUUGACCAUUUAUAUGCCAUUAGUCAAAAUCCUUAUUAUUAUUAAUAUUCAUUUACUUCGGUUUAAUAUAAUUUCUCUCCACCUUAACUUUAAUUGCAUGAAAUCUUUAAAGAUUAAUAUUCAAUUUAAAUAAAAUAUACUUCUUUCUUUGCAUCUUUCUCUAACUUUUAGGCAAAAAAUUGUAAUAAAAAAAUAAGAGAAAAAACUUUCAUUCAUAUUAAAUACCUUAUCUAAUGUCAAUAAUUAUCUAAUUCAAAGCAUUUAUUCAGAAGCUAUGCUUAAAUAAAUAUUUACACAUUCUGCUUGGUACUAAAGAAAAUUUAUAUCUAUCAACUAUUUUUUUAACGAUGAAGAUAUCAGAUACCCUAACUAUAUUUAUAUGUAACAGUUCUAUUCUUAAAAUUAAUGAUAGAUUUGGCUUAGAAUUUGCAUUUGUAUACUUGCUAUGCAAAUAUUCAUAGUCUUAAUUAUGCAUGCUAUGUGGGGGUCGGGGGGGGUGUGGGGGGGUCCCGGGGUCCCAGUUGUGCUUGACCAGACGGCUUACAACUUUUCAUGAGUUGGAUUUCAAAUUUUUAGAAGAUGAGUCAACUAUGGUUGAAUCUCCUUAG